CCGCCUGCUGCCGGGCCCAUGGCGAGCACGUCGGCGGAGAUCAUCGCCUUCCUGCUGACCAUCUCGGGAUGGGUGCUGGUCUCUUCCACGCUGCCCACCGACUACUGGAAGGUGUCCACCAUCGAUGGCACGGUCAUCACCACCGCCACCUUUUGGGCCAACCUCUGGAAGACAUGCGUGACCGACUCCACCGGCGUUUCCAACUGCAAGGACUUCCCAUCCAUGCUGGCGCUGGACGGUUACAUCCAAGCCUGCAGAGGAUUGAUGAUCUCCGCUGUCUGCCUUGGCUUCUUUGGUGCUAUUUUUGGACUGGUUGGGAUGAAAUGUACAAAAGUUGGAGGCUCCGAUCAGACUAAAGCAAAAAUAGCUUGUUUAGCUGGACUGAUUUUCAUACUCUCUGGGUUGUGCUCUAUGACUAGUUGUUCCCUGUAUGCAAACAGGAUUACGUCUGAGUUCUUUGACCCUUCUUUUGUUGCACAAAAGUAUGAAUUAGGAGCAGCUUUGUUCAUUGGAUGGGCUGGAGCUUCACUCUGCAUAAUUGGUGGAAUUAUAUUCUGCUUCUCAAUAGCUGAAAACAGUAAUUCUGCAAGGAGGGGGUAUGCCUAUAAUGGAGCCACAUCUGUGAUGUCUUCUCGUACAAAGGUCCACAACAGUGUCCCUGACAAAACCCCACCCAAGCACUUUGACAAGAACGCUUAUGUUUAGUUGCACUCUUGGAAGACUCAAAGAGUUUUAAAACAUGAUUUUGUACGUUUCAUUCAGAGUGAUUCCCCCCACCCCAACCCCAAUGUACUUACCACUAAUGACUUUUACAAAUAUUAACUUGCAGCUUUUUACAUAUUGAUGUAAAUUUUAUUAUAUAAUAUUUUAAGAUUGAUGUUGGUAUUGUAAAGUUUGUACCUGGAAAUCAUGAGCUGAUGUUGCAUUCUUGAAAAAAAAAUAAAUGAGGUAUUUACUAAU